AUGGAAAAAUCAAAAGAAAGGGAGCUGCGUUGUAGGCAGAGAUGGGUGACGUUAGGCGCGGUAGAGCUCACGAAAGGCGGUGACCCGUUCGGGAUUAGCCGUGGGGUUUGGGACACCUUCGGCUUUUCUGCUUUUCCUUUUCUUCUUGUCGCUCCUUUUUUUGCACCUCAAAAACGAAACAGUAAAUCCCCCUCGGCCCUUCUCUUGUCAAGGUUCGAGUAA